UCCCGUCUGUUGAUCACGUGGACAGAGAAACCGUGCGUGGUGUGUUGUGUAUCGCGGGUGAAGUGAAUUCGACUUUUUGACUCUCUUUCUCAGUUGCGAUCGAGCGAAUAAUCGGUAGCGCGUUUAUGACGGCACGUGUGUGACAAUGGCACCGACUAUUCAGACCAACGGCAAUCAAGCCGAUCGAGAUAAACGAGCGGUUAGACCGGCGGAAAAGAGAUCUGAACUCAUAUGCAGAGUUAAAUAUUGCAACACGCUACCGGACAUCCCGUUCGAUCCGAAAUUUAUAACUUAUCCGUUCGAGCCAACAAGGUUCAUUCAGUACAAUCCUACCUCGUUAGAGCGCAAUUACAAAUACGAGGUUCUGACAGAACACGACUUGGGUGUUGAAAUUGAUUUGAUAAAUAAGGAUACGUACGCGGGAGAUCCGAACGCGCAACUGGAUCCGGCUGAUGAGAAAUUACUCGAAGAAGACGUUCUGACUCCUCAGGACUCGAAACGUUCCAGACACCAUGCCAGAAGUGUCUCUUGGCUGAGACGCACAGAGUACAUCUCCACAGAAAGUACCCGAUUUCAGCCUCAAACUGCAGAUAAGGUUGAGGCUAAGGUCGGUUACAGUAUCAAGAAAAAUUUCAAGGAGGAGACUCUGUACAUGGACCGUGAGAGUCAGAUAAAAGCUAUAGAGAAAACUUUCGAAGACAAUAAAAAACCAAUUGAGAGGCACUACAGCAAAUCAAAUGUGGUACCUUUGGAGAUAUUGCCAGUGUACCCAGACUUCAAGUUGUGGAAAUAUCCUUGUGCCCAAGUUAUAUUUGACUCUGAUCCUGCGCCAACUGGUCGAUCAGUGCCUGCACAGAUCGAGGAAAUGUCACAAGCCAUGAUAAGAGGUGUUAUGGAUGAGAGUGGAGAACAGUUUGUGGCGUAUUUCCUACCUCUUGAGGAAACAUUGGAGAAGCGUCGACGGGACUUCACCGCUAACAUUGAGUACGCAGAUGACGACGAAUACGAGUACAAAAUGGCGAGGGAAUACAAUUGGAACGUCAAGAGCAAAGCCUCCAAGGGAUACGAGGAGAAUUAUUUCCUGGUUAUCAGACAGGAUGGGGUGUAUUAUAACGAGCUGGAGACGCGCGUGCGGUUGAGCAAACGGCGACAGAAAGCCGGGCAGCAGCCGAAUAACACGCGCUUGAUCGUUCGUCAUCGGCCUUUAAACGCCAACGAGUUCAGAAUGCAGAGAUAUCGAGAGAAGCAGUUGGAACCACCUGGAGAGGAAGACGAAGACGAAGAGGAAGAGGAAGAAGAGCAGGACGAACCUCAGCAGGAAGCGGAGAAAAACGACGAGAAAGGUUCCGAGGCGGAGAACGAGGAAGGAUCGCGGGCCUCAUCGAGAGCGUCCUCGCGAGCGUCCAGCAGAAAAUCGCGAUCAAAGUCGCGAUCGCGGUCUAAGUCCGGCUCAAGAUCGAAGUCGCGCUCGCGAUCAAAAUCUCGAUCGCAGUCCCGAUCGCGCUCGCGUUCUCAGUCGCGUUCGCCGUCGAAGUCGCGCAGCAAGUCGCGAUCCGGCAGUCCUCGAUCGAGAAACUCGUCGAAAUCGCGAUCGAGGUCCGCGUCAAGAUCGCGUUCCGGCACACCCGCCAAGUCACCGUCGAGAUCUCGGUCGAGCUCGCGUUCCAAGUCAAAGUCGAGGUCGCAGUCGAGAUCGAGAUCCGUUUCCGGUAGCGAAAGCGGUUCGGGAAGCGCGAGCGGCGAAAGUGGUUCGGAAAGUGAGUGAAUCGAGGAUCGCGGUAACGAUCGUUUUUCGCUUUUGGAACACUUGCAACCGCGAUUCGAGAUAAAAAAGAAAGUUCUAUACGCCACUGCUGUCGACUCGGUAUCUUCUAAAACCGAGUAAACCACAGGCUUGCGACAGUGCGCUUGCCGGCCAACUGUUUAAUUUUCAGAGCAGUUGCGCGCAAGCGUCGCCAUUUUUAUUCAGAAAACAUCGUUAGGACAAAUAUUUUUCUCACGUGAUUAUUAUAUGUUUUGUAAAAUUUUCAAUGAAGACAAAAUACAUGUAUUGUAGGAUAGUCACACACCGGCAUAAAUAUUCGAACUUAUUCUUUGAUGACACGUGAGGAAGUAUUACAUACACCGACUUGUACAAGUGCUGUGCGAAUGUCAAAGAAAUAAAUUCAUAAAAAAAAACAAACUUGACUUCAAUUUCUCUUUGCAGCGAGUACGUACAGUCGGCGUCAAUGAAUCGUUUCGCGGACCUGGGGGACUAGGGGUAAAGGCCAAAUCACACUAGCAAUUGAUCGGCGAUUAGCGAUUGGCGAUUGACAUUUAUCCAAUCACACUUAAAGGCCUAAAGUGUUUCCUUAUCCAAUCAAUUGCUAGUGUGAUUUGGCCUUAAGAGAGACGGUAUUCUCUAGCAAUAAGUAUUGCCAACGGGCGCCGUACUAACAAACUGUAGCAAAUCUCGAUGAAUUGACCAAUUACAGUAUUUACUGCUAGGGAGUAACGUGCCUCUUACUUCUAACUCACCGCGUCAACGAAACGAUUCAUUGACACCAACUGUACAUAGAUGUUA